AUGAUUCCUAUAGUUCCUAUUAUAAAAUAGUUUGUUCAUGAAGGAUAACAAUUCUUUACAGCAAAAGACAUUUUUGAUAAGAAAUAAAAUGAAUUAGUAUAAUUAAUUUGUUAAGUGACUUAAUCAUUAGAACAAGUUGAAUACUUUGAUAAUAUACAAGAAGAUUUAUAUAGAAGUGAAUAGAAACAACUAAUAUAACAAUGCAAGGAUCUUUUGCAUUCAGGUGAAUUACUAUUACAAUCGUUGCCUUCUAAUCUUACUUUGUAAUUUAUUUUUUUCUUAUUAGUUUAAGAAUAAACGGUUACUUUUACAGUAAGAGUAACAAUUAUAAGGAACUGUUAAUAUGUAUAGAAGAUUUAAAUAAAAUAAAUGGUUAAAUACAUGAAUUAGAAUUGUAAUCUUUAGAGAUUCUAAAAACAGUAGUAAUACCUAAUUUCUCAAGAAAAUAAUCAUUCUAAUGUAUAUAAUAUUGAUUAUGAUUAGAAUCAAUAUAUGAAAUUCAAAUUGUAUUAAAACUUAAAGCUCCUAAACUAAUUAAAGAAAUAUUUGAUUAAUACCCUAGACAUCUAAAAAGUGAAUACAAAUUUAAAUUUCAAAUGGAAGAUGCUGAAUCUCAUAAAAAUAUAUUCCAUUUUUCAAGAAAGGAAUUUAUAAAACUCUAAUAAAUAAUGAAGGAAGCUAAAAUAUAUACCUUAUCCAAAAAAAAUCAUUGUACUUUAGAAAUGAGGAAUUCUCUUCAAUAUUCUAAUUCUAAAAAAAAUACUUUCAUUCCUGAUACAAAGUUUAUAUCAUCUGAAAUAAUUUCAAUAGAAAAUUUAUAAUAAGAUUAAGAUAAUAAGUCUAAUUUAUUAAAAUUAUUUUUGGUUGUAAAUGGAUAGAAUGGAACUACAGUUAUAAGAAAUUAAAGAACUAAUAUGCAUGUAGGUCUUGGUUAAGAAUGUGAAUUGUUUGAAAAAGAUUAGAUAGUUAUUUUAUAAGAUUCUAAUCAAGACCCAUUAAUUUCAUAUAUAGUUUAAUUAAUGAUGAUUAAAUUAUGA